AUGCUGCCGCCGGGGCGCAACGGCAGUGUGGACUCGGAGCGGUUCGGUCGGCAGCCGGGGCUGGCGCAGAAGGGCGCCGUGGGGGGCUCGGCAGGGGUGGCGCCGCUGGGGCCCGCGCAGGUGGUCACCGCCGGCCUCUUGACCCUGCUUAUCCUCUGGACACUGCUGGGCAACGUACUGGUGUGCGCGGCUAUCGUGCGCAGCCGCCACCUGCGCGCCAGGAUGACCAACGUCUUCAUCGUGUCCCUGGCCGUGUCCGACCUCUGCGUGGCGCUGCUAGUCAUGCCCUGGAAGGCGGUCGCCGAGGUGGCCGGGUACUGGCCCUUUGGGGCGUUCUGCAACGUCUGGGUGGCCUUCGACAUCAUGUGCUCCACCGCCUCCAUCCUGAACCUGUGCGUCAUCAGCGUGGACCGCUACUGGGCCAUCUCCAGGCCCUUUCGCUAUGAGCGCAAGAUGACCCAGAGCGUGGCCUUGGUCAUGGUCGGCCUGGCCUGGGCCUUGUCCAUCCUCAUCUCCUUCAUCCCGGUCCAGCUCAACUGGCACAGGGACAAGGCGGGCACCUGGGGCGGAGUGGAUCCUCCAUCCAACCUGGCCAACCGGACGCCCUGGGACGAGGCAGGGGAGCCAGAGGCGCGGACGGCGAACUGUGACUCCAGCCUGAACCGAACUUAUGCUAUCUCCUCCUCACUCAUCAGCUUUUACAUCCCGGUGGCCAUCAUGAUCGUGACCUACACGCGCAUCUACCGCAUCGCCCAGGUGCAGAUCCGCCGCAUUUCCUCCCUGGAGAGGGCUGCGGAGCACGCGCAGAGCUGCCGGAGCCGCGUGGCCUGCGCGCCUGAGGGCAGCCUGCGGGCCUCCAUCAAGAAAGAGACCAAGGUCCUCAAGACGCUGUCGAUGAUCAUGGGGGUCUUCGUGUGCUGCUGGCUGCCUUUCUUUAUCCUUAACUGCAUGGUCCCCUUCUGCAUCGGACACCCGGAGAGCCCCCAGGCCGGCUUCCCCUGCGUCAGCGAGACCACCUUCGACGUCUUCGUCUGGUUCGGCUGGGCCAACUCCUCACUCAACCCCAUCAUCUAUGCCUUCAACGCCGACUUCCGGAAGGUGUUUGCCCAGCUGCUGGGGUGCAGCCAUCUCUGUUCCCGCACCCGAGUGGAGACGGUGAACAUCAGCAAUGAGCUCGUCUCCUACAACCAGGACACCGUCCUCCACAGGGAGAUCGCGGCUGCCUACAUCCACAUGAUCCCCAAUGCGGUGACCCCCGGGGCUGGGGAGGGGGACAAGGAGGAGGAAGGGGGCCCCUUCGGUCGCAUGUCUCAGAUAUGUCAGGCGUCCCCACACGGGGACCCUGCCGCCGAAUCUGUCUGGGAGCUGGACUGUGAGGGGGAGAUUUCAUUAGGCAAAGUUACACCUUUCACCCUUAAUGGAUUCCAUUAAACUGCAUAAGAAAAACACCCCACUGAAUCAUAUAACCGGCUGGCCAGAGAUUGGCAAGCAUGAACACGCAUA